AUCUCUAUGUGACUUUGUGUUAUAGGUGUGUAUUACCUGUGAUCUUAGGAGAAGCCAUAUUUUUAGGAACACAAUCUUUGCCUCCUAUCUACCUGUGUACAUUUUUUUUGUAAUUAUCAAGUGUUUCCCAAAAUAGCAUGUUACUUAUAUUAUGACCUUUAACUACAUUUCGGGGUUUCUCUGACUUUAACCAAUGUACAAUGUACAUGUAUAUGCAGGUCAAGGAUAGAUAUAAAGAUAAACAUACUAACAUUGUGAUAAUUUGGAUGUAAUUGUUGUUCACAAUAGUAGUUUUAUAACAGACGGUAAAAACUAAACAGGAGACCAGUGUGAGCUCGAAUUGAAGCCAUGAUAUGAUUACCAGAGAAUAAGCAUGGAUAAUACACAAAAUAUUGCUCUAACACCAGUAACCAACCCUUCAUCUGGACAGGUGACAAAUUAUAAUGCUAAACCAUAUCACAUGCAGCCGGUCCAGACUAGUGGUGGGCGUGACCUGGCUUCCGAUUUAGUUUGGCAGCGCGACCCAGACUGUUCUAGGGAUCCUAAUGUUGGUAACCAUGGUAAUCCAAUGAUGGUUUCACAAGGGGUUCAUGUUCCAGGAAACCAGACACAAAUGAUGCCAAUAAAUCAACCACAUGGUGUUCAUCAGAUGCAGGGAGUACCAAUGAGCCAGCCACAAACAGUUCCAGUAAACCAGUCACCAUCAGGGUACCCUGUACCUAAUGUUAACAAUACUCUACCUCAUAAUCCUGCAGGUUACCAGUAUCAGGGGCAGACAACUACGGUUCCAAAUGCCUCUGGCGAUCAUGCUCACGUUAAUAUGGGUCAGACAUUUCAGAUGCCACAAGGAAACGUUUAUCCUGGGAUGAGACCCCAAGGUUUAGGUAAUUAUUUGCCAGUCACAAGUCAUCAGCAACUCAUGAUGGAUACUGACGGAAAUAGAAUUCAACAAAAUACCAUGAUGCAACAGAACAUGGCAAUGACGGGGUACCAGAUGCCUCCUCAAAAUAUGGUACCAGUUCAAUACAAUCAAAAUUUUGUACAGGGAGGUAAUAUGAAUGGCAACACACAGUAUAUGAAUAUGCGCCCACCUACAACAACAAUACAACAUCAACAGCAGCAUCAACCACAGCAUCAACAUCAACAAGCUAAUUACAAUCAUCCACGUCUUGUACCAUACAAUCAGCAAUUAAUGAAUGCUCCCAGAACUCAAUAUAACAACCCUAGACCACCAGUGGUCCAAACACCUACUUUGAAUAUAAUGGCAGCAAAUCAGAUAGCUCAAAAACCAACAAAUCUUAAUUUACCAUCUGGUACUCAAGUUUCUUCACCAGACAUAGGUUAUCCGACUGUCCAAUCACCAACCGUCGCUUCACCAGGGACUGAAAGUGUUAAAUCACCCACAUAUGUUUUCAUGUGUAAUAAAUGUAACUAUGUAACACCACACCGCAGCUCAUUCAAAACCCACUACAGCAGUCAUAUACAAUAUAAACCAUAUCAAUGUGCCUACUGCGAUCACGCUACCAUUAUGAAACAGCCAAUGCAAAAACACGUCAAAAUGAAACAUGCUAUAGAGGAUUCCGAGGGGUUCUCAUAUGAAAGUGAUUCAAAAAAAGAAAAUAUCAUAGAAUUCUUCAGCAAUCAGUGUAGGUCAACUAUGAAUUUGGAAGAAGCAAAAAAAUACCUGGAUAAAUAUGAAUCUGGUGAGAAACUAAAGAGUGGACCAGCAAAGCGUAAAUUGUCUAUGGAAGAGAGGGAGAAGGAUUCUUCAAAGAGGAAAAAGUCUUGGCCUGAAGCUGGGGAGGAUAGUAACCAAAGUGAGGCUUCAUUAGGUCAAUCAAAAUCUCCAAUUAGCCCGAGAAAACUCACACACUGGAAACAGGGCGUUACAUUUGAUCAUCACAAUCAGGAUACAAAACCUAAAGUAGGUCGUGGUCGAUCUAUUAAAUCUUUUACUAGUUUUGCUAAACAGAAAAAGUUCAUUACUUCAGGUGUUAUGAAAUGUCCAUUUUGUGAAUUCAAAUCUGGAUCACAGAAAGGUUUGAAAAGACAUUGUAAUUGGCGUCAUCUUGAGAAAAGAUAUAGAUGUAACAAUUGUGACUUUUCUACUUUCUUUCUAGAGGAGAUGGAAGGUCAUAUCCAAAGAGAUCAUUGUGAAAGUUACCAGUUACAUAGCAACGAAAUAAGGAAAUCUCCAGAAAAAACUGUUGGGCGACCAAGAAAGAAUGUAUCCAGCGCAGAAGAGACUACCCCUAAGACAGUUAACAUUGACAGGUUUGCUGAUGACAAUGCAGACGACAGUGGAAAUGAUGACAUGCAGUUGAAUUGUCCACACUGCAAUUUUUCUUCAAAUCCAUUUGCCCUCAAAAGACACUUGUUCUUCUAUCACAAAGAAUGUGAUUGGAAAUGUAAGAUUUGUGGAUUUAUUUCUGGCAGUAAAAAAGAACUUGUACGACAUUCCAAUAAGGCACAUCCAAAUACUCAACCAAACAUUGUUCAAACAUUUGCCGAUAUUUCUUCUCUGUUACCUGACGAUGCUUCAGAGCAAGAGAAGGGAACUCCCCCUGAUAAGGAUAUUGACGAAAAUGAAAAGGUAGUGGGUAAACAUAAACUAAUUGACCGUGAUUAUAUAAAAACAAACAAGAAGCGAAUGGUGUUAGGGAAAAAACGGGUAUCUAAGAUCAUCAAUGAUUCCAGUGGGGAAGACAGACUGCAAAUUAUGAAAAUUAUAAGUGAAAGAAAGAAACAGAAACGUGGUAGAAAAAGAGAAGAAACAAAGAAUGAUCAGAACUCUUAUGUUUUGCGUCCAUUGAAACUAAAGGUUGCCAGGAUAGGAUUUAGUUGUGUUUACUGUACCUACGCUGCUCCUCUCAGGCAUCAGUUACGACUACAUUGUUACGAAAAACACACUAAACAUCCAGCUUGUUUGAUGGAGUUCAUAAAUAGUACAAUGGCGUUGGAAGAACAGGAAGACUAUGCUAGAGAUAAGACUGAAGAGAAAAGAAGUCCAGAGAAGACGGGUAGUACUUCAGAGAUAAACGCAGAAAUACAUGUCUCAGGGGAUAUGGUAGUUAAUUCUAGCAGUGAGAAGCAGGAAAAAGAUAUAAAAGAUUUGGAAGAAAAAUCUGUUCCAGAGGGAGAACAAGAAUCCAUAGAGAAAUCAGAAGGAAAGAAAAUCCAAGCGAUGGCAGCAACUGAAACAGUUGAAGAGAAGAAAAACAAAUCAGAAGAAUCUAUUAUUGAAAUUAGCUCUGCAGAUGAAACGGAAUUAGAUAUCACAAUAGAAGAUUCUGAUUGUGAAAAGAAGACUGAAGGAGAAACAACCAAAGACAUCAAAGACACAAGUAAAAAUGAAAUAAAAUAUCUUCCUGAAAAUCCAAAUACAGGAACAGAUACCUCGAUCUCAAAAGUAGAUGAAGAUCAAAACAAGGAAGUUUUGACUUGUAUGGAGAACAUUCUUGCCAAUAUUGGGAAUGCAGACAAUACUACGACAGAAAAUGGUGCUAAUGACUACAUUUUACAAACUGACAAAUUUAAUGGUCACAAAUUUUCAAAUCCUUUUUCUACGCUUAUCGUUCAACUUAAUUCCACCCAGUUAUUAGUUAAAGAUGCCUUCGAAGGAACACUUGAUGAUGUAGAUAUAUAUUUAGAAAAAUAUGGAGUUCGUACUCUCAACAUGGAUUCUCUUACUCCUAAACAGUUUUCAUUGUUCAUGAAAAAGUUUGGAAGUAAUUUACAGCAAAUUGCAGCAUGAAUAUCUAUUGUAUCUUGACUAUUGUUGUUAGGGUUUUUAUUUUUAUGUACUAUAUUGUUAGUUUUGUAAAGUUGUGGGUAUUUUUUGUGUUAAACUUUGUCAUACAAUGUUUAACAUGUCAUACAAUGUCUACAGAAGUAUUCCGAAAAAACAAAAGCAAA